AAUUUUGUUUGUUUUAUUUCAGCCAUGGCUCCCAAAAGAAAUAACAUAAUUCCCAAUGGCCAUUUCCACAAGGAUUGGCAGCGUAUGGUCAAAACAUGGUUCAAUCAGCCCAUGAGAAAGAAGCGCAGGAGGGUGGCUCGUGUUGCCAAGGCUGCUGCUGUUGCCCCCAGACCAGUCGCUGGUCUUCUCAGGCCUGUCGUUCGCUGCCCGACUUUCAAGUACAACACCAAGGUCAGGCUUGGACGCGGAUUCACUCUGGAUGAGUUGAAGGCUGCCGGAAUCAACAAGAAGACUGCCCGCACCAUUGGUAUCUCUGUCGACUUCCGCAGACGCAACCUGUCUAUGGAGUCUCUGCAGCAGAACGUGCAGCGUCUGAAGGAGUACAAGAGCAAGUUGAUUGUCUUCCCACGCAAGGAAGGCAAACCCAAGAAGGGAGAUGCUACUCCUGAGGAGCUCAAGUUGGCCAAACAAUUGCCUGGUGAUGUCCUGCCUGUUGAGAAUAGGUUCAAGCCAGAGAAGGCACGUGUCCCGACUGAAGAUGAGAAGAAGCACAACGCUUUUGUUGCUCUUCGCCAGGCAAGAAUCAACGCCAAACUUCUUGGAAUGAGGCUGAAGAAGAAGAAGGAGGAACAAGAAAAGGACAAAUAAACAGUCUCUUGAAGAAUAAAUUUUACAUUGGGAA